CGCCAAACAUGCUGGCAGCGGUGUUCGAAGGCAUGAUUGAAUGAGAGAGAGAGUUGACAGCGACAGAGAGCGUUUUCGGCUAGAGAGUCACUUGAUAGAUGUAAUGGAUAGGCUACAGCAGGUGAUCUGCAGGGAUGCAGGUACCUUCGUCGCUCAUCUGUUCAGUUCCUGGGUUUCUCCUCGCGGUUACAAACGGCAACAUGUCUAAACCGAGAGACUACAGCAGCCAGUCCUACUCCCCGGGCAGCACGGGACCGCUCAAAAGCAACCCGAGUCAAAACGGGAUCGACCCGUCGGGCAAAUCCAGGGAAAAGGACGACAUGGUUGGACUCAAUGACAAGUUCGUCAGGUUGAUUGACAAGAUGAAACACCUGGAGGAUGAGAACAAAAAGCUCGACACGAAGCUGAAGAUCCUCAAGGAGCAGGAGGACUACGAGGGGAAAAUCGACGACACGGUCAAGCAGCUGGAGAACGAGCUGGAGCAGCAGAUUGAGAACUUGCUCCACGACCAAGAAAAACUGCAUGCUGCACUGCUCAAGAACCAGGAGGAGGUGCAGGACACCAAGAAGAGGUAUGAGGAGGAAUAUUUGAAAAAAACUGACCUGGAGAAUGAGUUUAUUGUCAAGAAACAGGAUGUAGAUGAAGGUCAAUUGGAGGCAGUAGAUCUGGUUCUGGAGCUGGAGGACCUGAUUGGAAAACUGGAGUUCCUCAGGAUUGGCUAUGACGAGGAGCUCAAGGAGCUGGAGUCGCACGUCCAGAAUGCGACAGUGGUCUUACGUGACAACAGCAAACGGUCUCUGGACAUGGACGAGAUCAUCGAGAAUGUCAAGAAUCAGUAUGCCAACAUGGCUGCCCGCAGCAGGGACGAAGCCGAGCACUGGAACCAGAAAAAGAUGGAUGCCAUGGUCUCAAAUGCAGGACAGCGUGAGCAGGAAGUGCGUGAUUUAAGGAGGGAGAUCUCAGACCUGGUGCGCCACAUCCAGAGGCUCAACGGGGACCUGGAAGCUCUCAAAAGGAAGGAAGAGUCCCUGAACAAGGACAUCAGUGACGCGAGGACAGAAGGCGAAGACAACCUGCUGAAGGCUCGGGACGACAUUUCCCAGCUGGAGGAUGCCUUGAGACGGGCCAAGCAGGACUUGGCGGGACAGAUCCGCGAACACCAAGCGCUGAUGAACCUCAAGUUGGCCCUGGACAUCGAGAUCGCCACCUACCGCAAGCUGCUGGAGGGCGAGGAGCAGAGAAUGAACUACCAUAUGCGCCACGCAGACGUUCACUUGCCAAAGAAGCACCUCCUGCCAGAGAAGCACCUCCUGCCAGAGAAGCACCUCCUGCCAAAGAAGCACCUCCUGCCAGAGAAGCACCUCCUGCCAGAGAAGCACCUCCUGCCAGAGAAGCACCUCCCACCAGAGAAGCCACAAGCCCCAGCACCCACAGUCGUCCCGGUAGAUACAGCUGUCCCGGCGGUGUACCCCGCCUUGAAGAAACGCCUGCUGAUCCGGGUGGAGGUGGAGGCGGGCAGAGUCGUGUCCGAAAGCUCCCUUUAUACUGAAGACUGACCGGCACUGUCCAUCACACCUCUGUCUGCAGCAUUAAAUGAAAUAUAUCCGCAAAAUGUGAAUAACAAAUAUUUAAAUUAAGUAAAAUUUGGAAGGAUCGUCAUGAAAGUGUAUUUAAAUGCAAUAAUCAUGUUUAGUUUGUGUGCUUUCUGCAGUCUAAUAACAAUAACAAUAGCUUCUUGGCAGGUCGAACGUCAUUUUUCUAGAACUCGUGCUUAAAGUUGGAGACAGUUUGUUUAUGUCGAGCAGUGCUUUUUAAAAAAGGGUUUUCUUAUCUUUCUUUGCCUUGGCGAAGACUUGUGUUCCUGGUACUAUCGGUGUAUUUGUUUCAGCUUUCUUGCAGUUGUUUCUCUCAUAGCUUUUUGAGCUUAAUAAGAUUUUGUCUCUGUAGAAAAAGAAACUGUGUAAAGGUUUCUUAAUGAUGUGAAAAAUAAAAUGAGGAACUGUUCUGAUGCACAACAUCUUGUUAAUAUCGGGAAGGAUAUUCACAAAGAUAACGCUUCCUACACGAGGUCACAUUAACGGGAGGCAUACAUGGAUCUGGGGUAGAACUGAAUGCUUGAAAUGGCUUUUCAUACUGCUUUGGAAUUGUUCUCUUUCUCUCACAUGUAUCUGCACCUUUAGAACUCAAAUAGGCUAUAAAUAAACAAAGCACCAUGAACAAUA